AUGCAAGAUGAAGAAAGAUACAUGACAUUGAAUUUACAAUUGAAAAAAAGGAGUUCUAGCCAAACGUCGCAACUUAAAUUUAAAGAUUGUUCUGUGAUGUUGCACUGGUAUAAAAUCUUAUUGGGGAUAUCUGGAACAGUAAAUGGUAUUCUGGUUUUGGCUUUGAUCUCCCUGUCUUUACUGGUUUCUCAGGGAAUAUUGCUAAAAUGCCAAGAAGCAAAGAAUUCAAAUAUCACCCAACAUGAUGAUAUUGGAAACCUGAAAAUGAACAGUGGCACAAGAGGAAAUAUAAGUAAUAAGGACACAAGCCACUGUGGUUCAAAAGCUACAGACCAUUCAGGGUUGUGCCCAUCUGAAUGGCUCAAAUAUCAAAAAAAGUGUUAUUGGUUCUCUAAUGAGAUGAAAAGUUGGAGUGACAGUUAUGGGUAUUGUUUGGGAAGAAAAUCUCAUCUACCAAUCAUUCAGGACCAACUUGAAAUGGCUUUUAUACAGAAAAACCUAAAACAAACAAACUAUGUGUGGAUUGGGCUUAACUUUACAUCACUGAAGAGGACAUGGACCUGGGUGGAUGGUUCUCCAUUAGAUUCAAAGAUAUUUUUCAUAAAAGGACCAGCUAAAGAAAAUAGCUGUGCUGCCACCAAGGGAAACAAAAUUUAUUCUGAAACCUGCAGCAGUGUUUUCAAAUGGAUUUGUCAAUCAAUCAAUAAUCAAUGA